AGACCCCCAGAUGAGCGUCGAUUUCCCAGUCCGGAACUUGUCCGUGAAGGCGCCAUGAUCUCAAAUGGGCAGGACGACAAUUGGUCUCCCGUCGCCUGUUUAGUUCUCGCUUAUUGGAUCGUCUUCCUCUUAUUCUCCCUAUUCCUUGUUUGGCGCUAUUGGUUCAUUCGCAUCUAUGUGGUUGCGAUGACAACGUUCUUCGCCUAUCGUUGUGGGGGUUCUGAUGGUCUUUCUGUGUGGGUUGCUGAUCUUGCCGGUGUUCCAUUGACUGCGGAUCCUGCACCCACUCCUGCUUCUUCACAGACCUCAGAAUCUGCCAACUAA